CAGUGUUAAAAACAACCACAACGUAUUUCAUCAAAGUAUGUAGUCUCCUUCAGCGGAACAACGUGUUGUUUACGCGCCAAUAUAAGUGUGAUCAACUGAGGCAGAGCUAAUUAAAACAUUUUCAAAUCAAUUUCUUUUUUAUCCCGAAGAUUCAGAGACUUAAAAAACCCUCUAGUAAAUUUACCCUAUGUUUUCCACUCUCCAAUGCAAUUUCUCUCUCUCUCGCUUUCUCCUACUCAACAAGUCUGGUAUCAAUAUAAAAUAUCGGCAUAGUAGCUGAGAAAGCAUCAUGGCACGAAACCCCAGAAUUGUGCAGGCCUUCCGCGCCAUGAAGGAAAUAGGAAUUCGCGAGGACAAAGUGAAACCAGUAUUGAAGAGGCUUCUAAAUUUAUAUGAAAAGAAUUGGGAGCUAAUUGAAUCAGAAAAUUAUAGAGUUCUUGCUGAUGCCAUCUUUGAUGAGGAGGAGAGUAAGGUGUCGGAACUGGAAAAAUACAAGAAAUGCGAUGAGGAUGAAGAUACUGAAGGAGGAGGUUUGGUACAUGAUGAGCUUGUGAGGCGGCCCUUAAAAAGAUUGAGAAGACUAGGUGAGACAUCAAGUUCUCAUAGAACCGGCAGCCCCAAUGUGGGUGGAACACUUUUAAAGAAGCCUAAAGUCGAGGAUGAACCAUCUCCUGCUUCUUUACAACAGAAGUCACUUCAGUGCAAUAUUGGAAAAAGGACAGAAUACCUGCCUGCUUCACCUGGUUCUGUUUCACCUCAGCCUGUUUCUCCUGCUUCUGUUUCACCCUAUCAUGGUGAUAGGACUGCCUUACCUGGUCCUGUUUUAUUUCAGUCUCCCUCUCCUGCUCAUGCUUCACCCCAUCAUGGAGGUAUGAAUAAAGGGAAGCAAACCGUGGAACCUAGGCCUUUGGCCGUACUGGGAAGACCUGAACCAAAUUCGCAUUCAUCUCAAAUGCAUUUUAGCAGCAAAGGAAAGGAACUAAUGUCACCUAAUGUCACUUCUAAUGGGAAAGGCCCUCAGAGAGUCUCUCUCUCCUUGCAUAUUAAAGAUCUGGCACCGGAGCCUUGUGUUAUUCCUAAGAAAAGAGUGGUUGAUACUCAUGCACUGAUCAUACCUAAGGAAGAGCCAUUUACUGAUGACAUGCCACAGGAUGAGGUUCCUAUUGCAGUAAUUCAUCCAGAUCCAUUAAGUGGAAAAGAUUUGGCAAUUAGGGAAUUUUCAACAGGAAAAUCAAAUUGGCAGGAACCUCCAGAAUCCCUGCAUGCAGAUGAAAUUGUAGGUGGUGGUGCUUCAGCUUCGAUGAGUAAGAGGCAUACCAGUUGUGAGCUUGCUACUGUUUCUAAUGAAAUUCCUUCUAGACUAGAAAUUGCAUCAUCACAAUUGGGCGAGGUGAAGAUUUCUGUAAGCUACAACAAUUCUGCUCUUGGAGGACAAAAAUUCCAAUUGCCUAGCAUAGAUGAGCUAAGAGAACUAAUGGAACAGAGAUGUCUCCGAUCAUAUAAACUCAUUGACCCAAAAUUUGAUAUCAUUAAAAUUCUAAAUGAUAUGUGUGAGUGCAUCUCGGAAUUGGCAACUAAUUCCUCUAAUCAAUCGCGGGAAGGUGAUGUGAUGCCAGCUCUUGAUGUGUUGAAGAGAUCUCCUGGAAGGGAUGCUCUUGAUGCUGAGAGCAAUAGAGAAAAUGGUUGCAUGCUAGCCAGACUGUUAAAUGGAUCUUUCAUUGUUCAGCCCUCUUCAAAUGGAUGUGUUGAUGAUGUAGGGGGGAAGGAAUUGGUGGUUCUUCCACAGCAUGAACUUACUCUUAAUGAAUUAAGGUGGCUUCAUGAUGCAAGUGACAUAACCAAGGGAGAAGAAAAAGUUGAAAUUUCAUGGGUAAAUGAAAUUAAUAAAGAUUUUCCUCCACCGUUUCAAUAUAUUUCAGAGAAUCUCGUAUUUCAAAAUGCUCAUGUUAGUUUUAAUCUUUAUGGGAUUGGAGAUGAAAGUUGUCCGACAUGUUUUGGGGAUUGUCUCUUGGCUGAGCAGCCGUGUGGUUGUGCUUGUCGAGCUGGGAGAAAAUUUGCAUACUCUUCAGCGGGUGUUGUUGAAGAGGACUUCUUAGGAGAGUGCAUCUCUAUGACUCGUGAUCCUCAACAACAAUUUCUCCUUUAUUGUACAGAAUGCCCCAUUGAGAGAUCCAAGAAGGAUGACUUUCCAGAACCUUGCAAGGGGCACUUAAAGAGAAAAGUUAUCAAAGAAUGUUGGAGCAAAUGUGGCUGCCAUAAGCAGUGUGGUAACAGAGUAGUUCAGAGAGGUCUAAACUACAAAUUGCAGGUUUUUUUGACACCUGAUGAAAAAGGUUGGGGCCUCAGAACUCUAGAGAAGCUUCCCAAAGGGGCCUUCAUAUGUGAGUUUGUUGGAGAAAUACUCACUAUAUCUGAGUUGUAUGCAAGGAACAGAGAGAAACAUACUUGCCCUAUCCUGUUAGAUGCUUAUUGGGGGUUGAAGGGAGGUUCUAGGGAUGAAGAAGCUCUCUGUUUGGAUGCCACAUGUUAUGGAAAUGUCGCUCGGUUUAUCAAUCAUAGAUGCUUUGAUGCAAACUUGAUUGAAAUUCCUGUUGAAGUGGAGACCCCGGAUCUUCGUUACUACCAUCUAGCCUUCUUCACAACUAGAGAAGUUCAUGCACUUGAAGAGCUUACUUGGGAUUAUGGUAUCGACUUCGAUGAUCUUGAUCAUCCUGUUAAGGCAUUCCGGUGCAGAUGUGGCAGUAAGUUUUGCAGGAACAUGAAACGUUCAACCAGGUCUAAAUCUGCAAUAAUCACCGGAUGAACCGAUUCUCAGUCAUGGAAAUGUUUUGCCAUCUUCAAGGCACUUAUUUUGGAAUAUCCUUUUGCGUGGUUUAGAUUUGGACAAAGUGAAUGCUAGUCAACCCUGCGGUGUGGUUUUGAUGUGAAAUUGUGAACAGUGUACAUAGUUACCUUCUUUUUUUGGCCUGAUGAAACUAUACACUUAUUACUAGGUAAUGGUAGGUAAUAGAAAUCAGGAAAAUGUGCAUUCUGAUAGGGCUGUAGUGUGCAGCAACUGCAGGGGUUAAAUGCUAAUGGACAAUGAAUUCUAGUGUCAAUUUACACAUGUAUCUUCGUUCUUUUUGGAUUGCCUUCUGCCUUAUUUCUAUGUCACGUUCCUCAAA